CCGAAUCCUUGUUGUUUUCUUUUCAUUUUACUCGAUUGUGUUUACUUUUAAUUUGAUCAUGUUAAUUACUCGAUUAAGUCGACCUUUGGUUAUUUUUCCAAAAUUUCGAUAUUUUUCUGGUGGUCAUGGACAUGAGAAAGUUCUUGAUGACUAUGAUGGAAUCAAUCGGAGAAUCAAUCCAGUAAUUAAACAUGAAACCUGGUGGGAAACUGUAGUUCCACAAGGAGAGUCGUAUGGUUACCGAAACCCUCGAUGGGCAGGUCCAUUAGACAAUGGUAAAAAGAGCUACUAUUAUGGUUUGGCUCUCAGUUCAUUCAUGUGGACUUGGGUGUUUUAUCACUUCUAUUAUGAAGGCCAUGAACUUUACUCGAAACCUUAUGCAGACCCGAGAACUGAUUUACUGUCCAAUGAAUAUUUGGGAAUUCCUCCUGAUGAUGAAGGUUUAGCCCCUGAAAAGAAAUGGGUUAGAACCACUGCUAUUCCUUAUGCUCAUUUUAAUCUCUACUAUUAUCCUAAAUCAUUGCUUGUUUCUGGAUUCAAUGAUGAAGGUCCAUUCAAGAUGUAAUCCUAAUCCCUGGGAAUCCAAUCAAAAACCUUUGUUGUUAAUUAAUGACAAUAUAUAUUAGUGUAAAGAGUCAAUUUCAACUGUAAUUAUCUGUUACCUGAAAGCAAAAACUCUGACCAAAAAGAGUAAUGUGUUAAUCAAUUCACAAGCUAAUUAAAUUGAUUUGGAGAAAGUAACAAACCCUAAUGUGCAACAAUUCAAAUGACACCAGUCCAAAGUGAAAAGGAAUCAAUGGAAUUUGAUUGAUUCUAAUUAACCUAAUAGUCUUUUCCAUCCCAAGUAAUUAAACAAAUCAUCUUCCAAACCAAUUUGAUCAUAUUUGAUCUGGUUUGCUGCGAAUGGGAAAUUUAACCCGAUA